GCAGGGUACGCUCCCGGGGAACUGUUGUGCUCCGUCCGGCAUGGUUGUCCUCACGGAACGGUGAGGGGAGAAGGGGACACCCGCCUAGCCAGCCUGGUUACCCCCCUUUCUUGGCGUCUCUCCUGUUGGCCCCCCGGUUGGGGACGGGAGGGUCCGAGAGGAGGCUCUGUCCUCGCUGCACAGCGCCAGACCCGGGAUAAGGACCGACACUCCCGUCCCUCUCAAGGCAGAGUCCGAUGGCUGCGGCGGCGCUGCGGGACCCACCUCAGGGUGGUGUGACCUUUCCAGAUGUUGCUGUGUGCUUCUCCCAGAGGGAAUGGAGGCUCCUUGAUGAGACUCAGAGACGCCUGUAUCUGGAUGUGAUGCUGGAGAACUACACACUUAUAUCCUCACUGGGUUGCUGCUGUGGAGCAGAAGGUGAGGAGACACCCUGUGAAAAAACUGUUCCUGUAGGAGUCUCAUGGACUGGAUCUCCCACAGCAGCUCCAUUUUCUCAGAAGACCCAUCCCUGUGAGAAGUGUAGUUCAGUCUUGAGAUAUGUUUUCCAGUUGGUGGAGCAGCAGGAAACACAAUACAGCCAAAAACUGUUGCGUUGUGGGGCGUGUGCAAAAAAAUUUUAUAUGCCUUUGAGAAGCUGUGUACAUGAGGCUUUAUCUUUUAAGAGCCCCAGAUUCCAUGUGUCAGGGAAGCCUCUUACUUCUGGGAAAAUCCUGGCCAGCAUGGGACAUCUGCAGGCCACUUAUACUGUCGAGAAGCUGAAUACAGCCACCCAGUGCAGAUCAACUUCACCAAGUAGAAGUCAUUAUACCUCAGGAGAUUGUGAGAAAGCCUUCAGCCCUGAAUACACACUUGUUCAGGACUGGCGUGUCUACACUGAAAGGCCAUGUUUUGUGUGCAGGGAAUGUGGGAAAACAUUCAGGUACAAAUCAACAUUUAUUAUGCACCAGAGAGUUCAUCCUGGGGAAGGUCUUCAUUUGUUUAUCAAAAGUGGCAAAUCUUUUAGACAAAACUCAACUGUCAGUCAGCAUCAAAAAAUUUAUACUCAUUCAGGAUCGGAGAAGUGCAGCAAAUGUUGGAAAUCCUUAAGCCACAAAUCAGUCCUCGUUUCUCCCCAGAGAUUGUACAGUGGAGAGAACAGUUCUGUGUGCAGUGAGUGUGCAGAGUCUUUUUACCACAGCUCUGUGUUCAUUGGACAUAAGAGAGUAUUUCCUGGAGAACGUCCUUAUAAGUGUAGUGACUGUGUGAAAUCUUUUACAUGUAGAUCUGCCCUCAUUUAUCAUCAGAGAUCUCACACAGGAGAAAGGCCUUAUCAGUGUAGUGAAUGUGGGAAAUCCUUUACCACUAACUGCAUCCUCCGAUCUCAUCAGAGAUCUCACACUGGAGAAAAGCCUUAUAAAUGCUAUGAAUGUGAGAAAUCUUUUACCUCUGCCAGUGUUCUACAAUAUCAUCAGAGAUCUCACACUGGAGAAAGGCCUUAUAAGUGCAGUGAAUGUGGGAAAUCUUUCAUCUCCACUAGCACUCUCCAAUAUCAUCAGAGAUCUCACACUGGAGAAAGGCCUUAUAAAUGCAGUGAAUGUGGAAAAUGCUUCACCUCUAACGUCAACCUCCGUAAUCAUCAGAGAUCUCACACAGGAGAAAAGCCUUAUAAAUGCUAUGAAUGUGGGAAAUGUUUUACCUCUACCAAUGCUUUGCAAUAUCAUUGGAGAUCUCACACAGGAGAAAAGCCUUAUAAAUGCUAUGAAUGUGGGAAAUCUUUUACUUCUACCAGUGCUCUCCAAUAUCAUCAGAGAUCUCACACUGGAGAAAGGCCUUAUAAAUGCAGUGAAUGUGGAAAAUGCUUCACCUCUAACGUCAACCUCCGUAAUCAUCAGAGAUCUCACACAGGAGAAAAGCCUUAUAAAUGCUAUGAAUGUGGGAAAUGUUUUACCUCUACCAAUGCUUUGCAAUAUCAUUGGAGAUCUCACACAGGAGAAAAGCCUUAUAAAUGCUAUGAAUGUGGGAAAUCUUUUACUUCUACCAGUGCUCUCCAAUAUCAUCAGAGAUCUCACACUGGAGAAAGGCCUUACAAAUGCAGUGAAUGUGGGAAAUCUUUUAUGUCUAGAUCCUCAUUCAUUUGUCAUAAUAGAUCUCACACAGGAGAAAGACCUUAUGAGUGCAGUGAAUGUAAGAAAUCUUUUACCUCUAGGCCUUCACUCAGAUAUCAUCAGAGAUCUCAUCCAGGAGCAAGGCCUUAUAAGUGCAAUGAAUGUGGGAAAUCUUUUAUUACUAGUUCCCAUCUCCACCGUCAUCAGAGAAUUCACACUAGAGAAAGGCCUUAUGUGUGUGGUGAGUGUGGGAAAUCUUUUACCAGUAGCACUAGUCUCCGUUAUCAUGAAGGCACUCACACUGAAAGGCCUAGUGAGUGCAGUGAAUGUGGGAAAUCUUGUAUUACUCCUGCUGUUCUUCGUUACCAUCAGAGAAUUCAUUCUAGUGAAUGGCCAUAUAGGUGCAGUGAGUGUGGGAAAUCUUUUACCUCUAAAUUCAACUUUCAUUAUCAUCAGGGGAUUCAUUCUGGACAGAGGUCUUAUGUAAGUUGCAAUGAAUGCAAGAAAUCAUUUACUACUGUCAGUUCUCUCCGUAAUCAUCAGAGAGUUCAUUCUGGAGAAAGACCUCAUGAGUGCAGUGAAUGUGGAAAAUCUUUCAUGUCUAGGUCAGCCCUUAAGCGUCAUCAGAAAUCACAUGCAGGGGAAAGGCCUUUCGAGUGUAGUGAAUGUGGGAAAUCCUUUAUCAUUAGGAGUACCUUAAUUAAACACCAGAGAGUUCACACAGGGAAAAGUGCUUAUGUGUGUAGUGAGUGUGGGAAAUCUUAUAAUAGUAAGUGUAGGCUUACUGAACACCAGAGUAUUCACAAAGGUGAAAGGCGUUAUGAAUGCAGGGAAUGUGGAAAAUCUUUUAAAUUUAACUCCGCCUUUUACUAUCAUAAGAAAACUCACACUGGAGAAAAGCCUUACAAAUGCAUUGAAUGUGGAAAAUCUUUUAUUACUAAUUACCUCCUCCGUGUUCAUCAGAGAGCCCACACUGGAGAAAAGCCUUUUGAGUGCAGUGAAUGUGGGAAAUCUUAUACUCUUAGUUACCUCCUUCGUUGUCAUCUUAGAGUUCAUACUGGAGAAAGGCCUUACAAAUGCACCAAAUGUGGGAAAUCUUUUACCACUAAUUACCAGCUCCAUAUACAUCUGAGAAGUCACACUGGAGAAAAGCCUUAUGAGUGCUGUGAAUGUGGGAGAUCCUUUAGCAGCAAAUCUGGCCUCCGUUAUCAUCAGAGUGCUCACACUGGAGAAAGGCCUUAUGCGUGUGGUGAUUGUGGGAAAGCCUUUGUCCAGAGAAAUCAUCUCAUUGUACACCAGAGAGCUCACACUGGAGAAAGGCCUUAUAAGUGCACUGAAUGUGGGAAAUCUUUCACUCAUGGCAACAGCCUCUAUUAUCAUCAGAGAGUUCACCUUGGAGAAAGGCCUUUUAAAUGCAGUGAAUGUGGGAAAUCUUUUAUUAACACCACUAAGCUGCACUGUCAUAAGAAAGCUCACACUGGAGAAAGGCCUUAGGAAUGCACUAAAUAUAGGAAAUCUUUUACAGGCAAAUCACUUUGAAAAUUUGAGAGUUUACCCUAGAGGAAGGCAUAAAUGUACAGGGAAUGUGCAAUUUCCUUGUUGAGUAUAGGGACACUGGAGGAAAUUGAGGGGCCAUUGGUCUGAAUUGAAUCUCAUUUCAAGUGUUUCUGAAUCUUUAUUCCUUAUUCAGAUUAGAGAUUAUAGGGUAUUGAGGCACUAUUGAAAGGUAUGUAUUCUCCAGGUCUAAAAAAAACCAUGUUUCCUGAUGUCCACAAAUCUUUGAGCUAAUCUCAUUAUUUGUAUGACCAUUGGGUCCAGGGGAAACCACAAUUGGUACAGAAACUCUGGUUUAAUAGGGAGUGGGGGAAAUUGCAGGCAACUUGAUGGAAUUUACCUCUCCUAAAAGUGCAUCCUGAUGUUUAUAUGACAUUGACUGUGCAGGAUCAGUUUAUAUGCUGAUUCUAGUGAAUUUCACUUCAAGAACCUCAUUACAGAGGCAAGAAAGGAAAAAGGGAUGUGACUCUUGUGAUCUAGGCAGCAUUCCUGCUGACUCAGGUAGAAAUGUACUUCAUUGUCUCCAUCUUCGCUACCACUGACAGAAGACUGAUCCCCAGAGGACAUGAGGAGUGUGUUAGUGGGUUCAGCAUACAGUUGCAGAACCUAUUUUCCAAAAAGUGUAGGACAUACAUGUUGUUUCCAUUUUGAGCCAAUCUUUAAAGCUAUAUCAAAGUAUAAUUUACAUUCACCAAACUGCAGCCAUGAAGUCAGACCAUUGUUUCUUGGCAGGAAACCAAUGACAAAUCUAGACAGUGUUCUGAAAAGCAGAGACAUUACUCUGCCUACAAAGAUGUGUAUAGCCAAGGCUAUUGUGUCCCCAGUGGUCACUUUUGGUUGUGAGAGCUGGACCAUAAAGAAGGCAGAAUGCCAAAGAAUUGAUGAUUUCAAAAUAUGGUGCUAGAGAAGAC